UCAUGACCAGGUGAACGACAACGAGCUGUCAAUCGGACAACGAGCUGUCAAUCAGUGACAGGAGAUCAUGUGACGUGUCCAAGCUUGAACAGUCCACGUUGCAGUCUCCGUCGGGAUCCCUGCUGCCCACGUGGCAGGCGACUGAGCACUACGAGCGGAUCUUGGAGAAGAGAGAAGAGAGACGCUCCUGUGCUUCCUGUUAUCUCGAAGCUGUUGCCAAAGUUGGAUAACAGAGGUCACCGGUCAGGAUGCUUCACUCUAAUGUAUUCUUCAAGAAAACCCGUAAGAAUACAGUACGACGGGUUGUACGCGAGCAUUAUCUACGGGAUGACAUCGCAUGCGGAGCUCUGUCGUGCCGGACUUGUGAAAACAACACAAAAGCGUGUUUAAGGGAAAAAAUCCUGGUCGUUGAUACAAAUGUAGUGCUGAAUCAGAUUGACCUUUUGGAGAAUCCAGCAAUCACAGAUGUUGUCAUCCUCUCAGUCGUGAUGGAGGAAGUUCAGCACAAGAAUCUGAGUGUGUAUAACCGCCUGCGCGCACUUGUGACUGACGAAACAAGGCACUUUUUUGUCUUCCUGAACGAGCAUCACAGGGAGACAUAUAUCACGAUCAACAGCGGGGAGUCUCCAAAUGACCGAAAUGACAGAGCUAUUCGAGUUGCGACGCAGUGGUAUCAGCGGCAUCUGGGGAGGACCGCAAAUGUUGUCCUCAUCACGAAUGAUGUCGACAAUCUGAAGAAGGCUACAGCAGAUGGAAUCCCAGGGCAUACAGUGAACAUGUAUGUGAAAUCCCUUGGUAAGCCUGAACUGUUCGAUCUGAUCUCCGGAUUUGAUAUGGCUCCAAUGGACGAGGCACACGCUGCUGAUGAGAGGCCGACCAAGAAAAAAGCCUUCUAUCCUGAGCACAAGCUGAUGUCAGAAAUUACGUCAGGCCUGCAGAAAGGGAUAUAUCAUCAGGGAAAACUCCGCGUGAACUUGUAUAACCCUUUUGAGGCGUAUGUGGGGACGGAAACGCUGCCCGACGAAGUGCUGAUCCACGGACGAAUUGACAUGAAUCGCGCUGUUGAUGGGGAUGUCGUCGCCAUUGAACUGCUUCCCGAGGACCAGUAUUGUGGGUCACUGGAGGCAAAAGUGGCAGCAGCAGCAGGGACAUCUGCAAGGGCAUUGUUUGUGUCGGUGGACCGGCGAAUACCGAAGAUUCGCAUACACACUCGUCAGCUGAGCAAUCUUAUGGGAAAACGCAUCAUUGUUGCAGUGGAUUCGUGGGAAAACACGUCAAGGUUUCCGAAUGGGCAUUACGUAAGAACAAUUGGUGACAUUGGCGACAGGGCGACAGAGAGUGAGAUGCUCUUGAUAGAGAAUGACAUCGACUCGCGUCCAUUCUCCGAGCAAGUGCUGGCUUGCCUUCCACCCCUGCCUUGGUCCAUGCCAGAGGAAGAGUUUCACAACCCUAAUCGUCUUGAUUUGCGCCAUGUAAGGAUCUACAGUGUGGAUCCACCAGGUUGCAGGGAUAUUGACGAUGCCCUUCACUGUACUGCGCGUCCUGAUGGGAAUUAUGAAGUUGGUGUGCACAUUGCGGAUGUAACAAACUAUGUGCUUCCCGGGACGGCUUUAGAUGAGGAGGCCACAAAGCGUGGUACUUCUGUCUAUCUUGUCGAGCGGAGGAUUGACAUGCUUCCGAAACCACUCACCGAAGAUAUUUGUUCACUGCGAGGCAAUGUGGAGAGGCUGGCUUUCUCUGUGAUCUGGGAAAUGACUCCGAAUGCGGAGAUCAUCAGCACCAAGUACACCAAGGCCAUCAUUAAGUCAUGCGCUGCGAUGUCCUACGCUGAAGCGCAAGCGAAGAUGGAUGAUAGCCGGAUGAACGAUCCGUUGACGACAGACUUGCGAAACAUGAAUCGCCUUGCCAAGAUACAGAUACUAGUUGCUAGAAAACCUGUUCUAUUCGGCAUCGAUUUGGACAUCAGUUCAUCGAAGACACUUGCGGACUCACUUGACAACGCAAUCAAGGAAGAUGACCCUCUGUUCAACAAACUCGUUCGGAUCCUCACGACCAGGUGCAUGACCCAGGCUCUGUAUUUCUCAAGUGGUGAUCUAGCCCCAUCAGAAUAUCAUCACUAUGGAUUAGCCUCUCCGAUAUACACCCACUUUACCUCGCCAAUUAGGAGAUAUGCCGAUGUCAUUGUCCACAGAUUGCUAGCCGCGGCUUUGGGACUAAGCGCGGUCCCCGGCAACUAUCGAGAGAAAGGCUGUCUUACCUCAAUUGCUGAUGGUUUGAAUUACCGGCACAGGAAUGCACAGAUGGCGGGCAGAGCAUCUGUUGAGCUCCACACGGUGAUCUUUUUUAAGAACAGGCCAACCGACGCCGACGCAUGUAUUGUGAAAGUACGCGCCAACGGCUUCAUCGCAUUUGUUCCAAAAUAUGGAAUAGAGGGACCUAUUUACCUUGUUGGAAAGGAUGCACCACCGUCAGCGCAAGGGAAGGAGUAUAUUCUGGACGAAGUGAACCAGUGCAUUACGUCGAACGACGGGCAGCGGACGUACAAGGUCCUCGAGCAUGUAAGCGUUCACAUCGAGGUGGUCGAGCCACGCGCGAAUCAACCGAAGCUGCAGUUGUCCUUGAGGGAAUGAAUGAGAAGUUGAGAAUGAUAUCUCUACACAUCGACCUCUAUCUCCAUGUGCACAUCUGUGCGGCAACCCGAGUACGAGUACGAGUACGAGUACGAGGACGUGUUGGCGAGCAGCAAACCGGCCACCAAUUCGAACAAGCAAAAUCGAAGCCAACUGAAAAGAGUGAAAGUGGACUCUCUGUGCAGAGCAUCUGUCAUCAGUGGAUAUACAUCUGUGCGGCGUGCGGGCUAUCUGGCAUGAGUUGAUGUCAUCCAUGUUGUUGAGCGGCAAGCUGAGUGCCGAUGUUGUUGACGAUGGGGAGGGUGACCGCCCCAUUUUUCAGUUGCAGUCGACUUUGAAAGAGCGAUCGAGGUCUGUUGACACCGGCCGGUUUGCGGAGCUGUUGUAAUCAGGCAUUUGUGAAGGAAUGCGGAGUGGAUGUGACCAAAAAUGUGAGCCAGGUGCAGCCUGGUAUAUCAACGCCGUUCCAUCUUCCACUCGCAACCGAAUUUUUGGAAAGAGUGUUCACGGUCGGUGAAGAAAGCACACGUGCGUCUGGAGCCAUGACAGGGAGCCAUCGUGACUGGGUCUUUGUGGAGGAAAGUGGUCUAGGUGCAUGCCACCGUGACUAGGUAUUUGUGAAGGAAUGUGGUCUAGGUGCAUCCUGUUGUACGGAAAGCGGCGCGAUGGAUUUUGAGAAUUUUUUGUGAAAACGUACAGCAGUGUGCAGUUGUCCAUGUUUUCCGUCCUGAGUAUGUCCAUUUUUGGGGUUGUUGAGAGGAAGAUAGUCUCUUUGACGGAAUGGUUGUCGCCAACUUGUCGGUGUCUGACGAGCAAUUCAACGGCGCAAUAACAUUGUAUAUUUAGGAUGUACAAGAAUUUUUUUGGCGCCAUCACAACCUGUGUGCAUUUUUUUCAUACGGGAAAAUCAUGAAUGUGAGGUGAAAUCGAUGGACAUGGUGGUCAUUACAGAUGUACCGAGACGAGGCGUUGGCAGAGGGCCGCAGUAGAAAAGCCCUCCUCUACGCAACAGUUGCGCUGCGCCAGGAAGAAUGGAAGUUUUGACAAGAUUUCAGAUAUAAGUUCUUCUUCCUCUUUUCAUUUUAAAGUUUCCAAGCCUUGAUCGAAUAGUGAAAAAGGGGGGGAGAGAGAAAUCUAAGAAGAAAUGGGAAAAUUUUAUUGUCUAAUUUUUGACCGAUUGGAUAGCAGUUGAAUAAUUGAAUUCCCCCCCCUGCCGCCAAGAGUCUCCAUCACCCUUUGCUUCAUGUCUAAAAUGUUGAAGCAACUCUGAUAAUAACUAAUUUCAUUCCGUGCAGCAUGUUGAAGCAACCCUGCUGCUCAUAACAAAAUGCUCUCUCUCUC